UCUCUUUCUGUCUUUUUCUUCCCCGUGUCAUCUUCAUUUCCUCCUUACAUGAGCUUGCUUGAAGAGCAAUAUUCUUGAUAGUUGACAGCAGGCGAGCAAACACAGGGGAGAAAGCAGAGAAAUCUAUACUUGCAGUGGACAGAGGAUUUCCCUCUUCUUAAAGGGAUCCCUUCCUCACCACAACGUUUUAACCUUAAGCCCUAACGUCCCAGCUGGAGUGUGAUCUGGUGGGAUGGCAGAGGGCGAUGUGGAUCCGUACCCUCAGGUGUUUGUGAUUGACAGCCAAGCCAACUACGUCUCCAUGCCUGGCGAGAAGAGGACACGUUGGGUGAGAUCAGGACAAAAGUUUAUUCUCCUGCUGGUAGGACUCGCCCUGUUGGGACUUGUUGUCGAGGGGUGUUUUAUCUACAGUCUAUACAAAAAAACCGAGGGUGGCACCAUAUUGAGCCAAGUGGGUUCCAAAGAUUCCAAUGAGAUACGACGACAUCUGGAAGACAUCCAACAGAGACCCUUUGCUCAGCUUAUAGGUUCAGCCACUUAUAUCGGAGAGAACAAUGAGGUGCAGUGGGAAGAUAAAAAUGGCGAAACUGUAACCCACAACAUGGGCUUUGAAAAAGGCCGGUUGAUGGUCAAGGAGGAAGGCUACUACUACAUUUACUCUAAAGUGACAUUAAAUGUCGCAGAGGAGUGUAUGCUUAUCCAGCACAAGUUCAUGAAAGCCACCAGUGCCUACGGCAAGGAUAUUGAACUUUUGAAAUCCAAAAGUUACCGCUGCUUCAAACCUACACGCUCCCCGAUUACUCACAAGGAGGAUAUCCGGAACAGUUUUCUGGCUGGGAUCUUUUACCUGCAGAGCGGGAAUACAAUUUUCGUCACAUUGGAAAAUAGCCCUAGGAUGUCUCCGAAACGUACUGAAUAUCUCAUGGGGGCAUUUAUGAUAUAUAAAGGUGGAACGCUGCAGGAAUAAUAUCCUCUGUCCCACUUUGUGAACAGAUUCUAUGUCUCUGUGUUAUGAACGUACACCAUAUGUUGUGGUGAAUGUUAUGUAUCUAAUAUAUAGGCCUAUAUAAUCUAAAUUAUACUAUAUGUAAUUGAAUCCCUUUUGAAACAGCAACUAAUGGUUUUGAGAUCAUAAAAAAGUAUCUGACAUUCAGGUAAUAUAAUCCUACUUCUUGAUUUGUUGCAUUUUUUGUUUUUUGUUAAUAAAAUGCAUUCAUUCAUU